AUGACCGACCAAUGGAAUCCGCGAAGGGACAUGCCCGACCUCACAGGCAAGGUUGCAGUUGUUACAGGCGGCAACAGCGAUAUUGGCCGUGAAACAAUCAAGCUCCUCGCAUCCCACGGCGCAAAAGUACACUUCACCGUGCGAUCAGAGGCGAAGGGAGUAGAAACGCAAAAGCGCCUGUUGGAGUCAGACUUCGGCAUUGAUCCUUCGAACAUCCAGUGGAUGAAGAUGGAUCUUUCCGAACUGAGCAGCAUCACAACUGCGGUCGACGACUUGAAGAGGCGAGAAAGAAAAGUUGACAUCCUCAUCAACAACGCUGCAGCCAACACCUGGUCUACUGAACCAGUCGCCGGCGGAUGGGAAAUUCAUAUGGCUGUCAAUCUGGUCGGACCCUUCCUGCUCACAAACCGUCUCCUUUCCCUCCUCAAAAGCGCAGCUGCAGAGAAAGACUCGGACGUCAGGAUCCUCACCAUCAGCUCAACAGCCCAGGUCGCCAUGCUUCCCAGCGAUUUCAAGUUCCCCUUCGACUCUCCCGACUGCCUCAGCAACCCCGUGCCAUCGCACCCUUGGAAGUCUCAUCUUUUUGGCAGGUUUUUCGGCUUUGAUAUGGUCCGCUACUCGGUCUCCAAGGCCGCCAACUUCGUUUUCGCGCAGGAACUGCAGCGACAGCUUGACGGGCAGGGAUCUUCCAUCAUUUCACUCGCCGUGCACCCUGGAGAAGUGGCUACGGAAGGCUUGUUCUCGAUCAACAACAUGAUGGUGAGGACGAUUGCUAAGUUGUCGUUCUUGACACCGGAACAGGGUGCUGCUAGUCCGGCUUUUGCUGCUGCUUCCAAGGAUGUGAGGAAGGAUCCCGCGAGGUUUAAGGGGAAGUUUUUGGUUCCGGUGGGAAAAAUAGGGAAGGUCAGUCCCGCGGCUUCAGACAGUGCUCAGGUUCAGGGUCUGUGGCAACAUACGACGGCUGAGGUGAACAGGCAGCUGCUGAAGGAAGGUCUUCCGAGCUUGCAGCCAUGGUAA